AGGGAGGCCGGCGGCCGGGUUCGGGUUCCGGUUCCGGGUGAGGGCGGGUCGCCAUGGCGGUGCUGGCAGCCAACCCCAACAACCCCGUGGUCUUCUUCGAUGUCAGCGUCGGCGGCCAGGAGAUCGGCCGCAUGAAGGUGGAGCUGUUCGCUGACGUUGUGCCCAAGACGGCGGAGAAUUUCAGGCAAUUUUGUACAGGUGAAUUCAGGAAAGAUGGUGUCCCAAUAGGUUACAAAGGAAGCACUUUCCACAGAGUCAUUAAGGAUUUCAUGAUACAGGGAGGUGACUUUGUAAACGGAGAUGGUACCGGAGUAGCUAGUAUAUACCGGGGUCCCUUUGCAGAUGAAAACUUCAAACUCAGACAUUCUGCUCCUGGGCUGUUGUCUAUGGCCAACAGUGGUCCAAGUACAAAUGGGUGUCAGUUCUUCAUCACGUGUUCUAAAUGUGACUGGCUGGAUGGGAAGCAUGUUGUGUUUGGUAAAAUUGUUGAUGGGCUCCUUGUCAUGAGAAAAAUUGAAAAUGUACCUACUGGUCCAAAUAACAAACCCAAACUGCCAGUGGUCAUCUCGCAGUGUGGUGAAAUGUAGAGCAAUGAAUGCAGAAAUCUUGGUAGUCACUGGUCCCUCGUUACCCAUCACUGCAGCUGCCCCAGACUUUUCCUGCAGGCCAUAUCUGUGCUGCUGGCACUUCUACAGAAGUUUCUGAUAUUCAGGAUGUACAACUUUAAAAAAAAAAAGUUCCAGUGUAAAUAAAGCAUUUUGUUAAAUAUCUGUGCAGUGUUGUUCAGUUAGAAUAUUUCAGGCUGGAUUCUUGGACAGGUGUACUUUUUUUUUUUUUUUUGCAGGUGAAUGUACUUUGAGUAUUGGAUAAAAGGUAACCAAAUAUCUAAUUAUGUUUA